CGACAUUUUUUUAAGUAUUGGGUACAGAAUAUUGUACCUACAAUUCAGCCCACUACUAGAAAUAAUUAAAAAAAAUGGCCUUUGAAUACUUAGCUUAUGUGUUAUCGCGUGACGAAGAGGUAGAAAACCCUUCAGCGGUGGAGCAGCGCUUGCUUCGAGACGUGGAUAAUCCUUUUCAUUUGGCUGCAACAGAGUUUCAGAAAUUGUUCCGGUUAACUCCGGACUUGGCUGAAAACCUUGUUGCUCAGCUUGAUGGUCAACUGAGAGGUACGAGAAUAACGGCGAUAUCGACCGAGAAACAGGUUUUGGCUGCUUUGCGAUUCUUCGCAACUGGUUGUUAUCAACGGCCCGUAGGAGAGGAAUGGGGAAUAUCCAUGAGUCAAUCAUCUGUAAGCCGUAGUAUACACCGAGUAACGGAUGCAAUCAACUAUUCUAUGUUUUGUGCAAAAGUGAGGUUCCCAAUGACUCAAAUUGAGCGGCAGUCUGCAAAAGAAACGUUUGCUUCUUCACUCUCAUCUUUUGUGGAAGGUACCAUAGGAGCUAUCGAUUGCACGCAUAUAUCAAUUUUGAGGCCGAAAUGUUAUGAGGAAGGUUACGUCAACCACUUCGGCUACCAUUCAAUCAACGUGCAAAUGAUAUGUGAUCCAAACCUAAAAAUUUUAAAUGUAAAUGCAAAAUAUCCGGGGGCGCACCACAACUCAUACAUAUGGAGUUCCUCCGCAGUGCGAAGGGUUAUGGAACGAAGUUUUCAAAAUGGAAACUCUAACAUGUUCUUAAUAGGUGAUUCUGAAUACCUUUUGGAGCCGUGGCUGAUGACCCCUCUUGCACAUAAACCCAAAGGAAGUCCGCAAUUCCGUUACAACGAAGCAUUGUGUAAAGCUCACAAACCAGUGGAAAGACUUUUUGGCAUAUUUAAGGGAACUUGGCGAUGCUUAUCGCAAAAGAGGACUCUUUUAUAUGAUCCUGGAUUCACUGGAAAAGUGGUUAAUGCGUGCGCUGUUUUGCAUAAUAUGGGUUUAGGCGAACAAAUACAUGAGCCCGAGGAAGAGGAACCAAGAACAGAUAGCAUUUAUAUAAGCCAAGGUGCACCAUCUUCAACAGCCAAGCGUGUACAAGACCGAAUAAUUGCAAAUUUUUUUACCUAAAUAAUUUUAAUCCAAGUGGGUUUUGGAUUAUUAGUGGUAUUCACUAAAUUGAGCUAGCGACCUGGCACUCUGGCAAAAGAACAGAUUAGCUCCAGCAACGGUCAUUGCUCAGUUUGGUGUCCAAACGCGUCACACUAAGAGCAAGGGCAAAAACAAAAAACAAGAAACGUAUGUAUUCUCAGAACUCCAUCACAAUGCCAUAUGGAAAAUGAGUUAAUCCUCUAGGUGGCGCAGGUGUCGAGAUAUUUGAAAAACUCGUAUUAAUGGUGCGAGUUCAUAUUUGGACCGUAUAUUACAUACAUAAAAAUGAAUAUGUAACUCGUAACAAAUUUGGACCGACAGAUGGCGUAAGAGCCGAGAUUUUGGGAGAAUCCUUAUUUAUGGUCGAUUUGUUUUAUAUUUAAAAGAUAUUUUACUGAAAUGGAAAGAAAUUACUACAAAAAAUUGUCCCCGUUAGUGCGUGACUGGAUUUUUCUCUUUCUAUUAACUACUAAUAAAAACUUGUCCUAGAAAUAUAUUUUUGAAAUUACUUGUUACAAAACUUUAUAUACAUUAAAAAAUUUAAUUACAACCACUUCAGUGGGCCAAUUCUCGUUCUGUGAAAACGUGAAGUUAAAACAUUUUUCAUCACUUCACAUAAAAUUACGAUUCUGUUUUCAAAGGGAAAUAAAUUAUGGGUCCAUUACGGAUUGCAACCAUUACAAAUGGAAACUGGCAACUGAAGGCUGGAAACUGAGUUGCUAUAUUGGCAACUGCAUUUUUGUGGUUGGCGCAAAAAUUUUGAUUUCUUGUUUCAACUGUUUCUUCAGCUUAUUUACAUUAGUCUUUACGUUGAUGUUGCCAAAGCGAACUAUUUUUCUUUUGCUCCAAUCUUUAGAGCACUUAAGGAGUAUAAUAAUAAAAACUUUGGAUAUUGAUUUUUCCUUGCCUAGAUCUAUAUCUUAAGUCCGUUCUUGAUUCUUUUUAUUGUUAAUUUGUUGUCUAAUAAUGUAUAAAUUAUAUUUGGAAUGUAUUUGUUUAUCUGUACCCAAAACUCUUGUGUUAUCUAGACUGAAAUAAA